UAGAAUAAUGGCGAUUUGGUUCAAUAGGGAACAUUAUAUAUAUAGAGGUAAGAGAUGGUUGGUACAGGCUAUCACAGGUAAAGAAGGUGGAUUAGAAAUUACACAGAAGAAUCAGACGCAAAGGAAAAUGGUAGCCGUAAAGGGAUAAUGGUGCCCUUCAGUCAAGUAGGAAGCAAAAUCUGUUUGAGUCAGUCGGGGUUUUAAGGACAGGUCUGCCCAAGUAGAGGAAAGAUGUUGGCAACAGGCAGCUCUUUCAGAAUUGGGUUUCAGGCAGAGGUCUCAAAAAAAUCAAGAUGAGAGAAGUUAGAUAAAGGCAUGACCUGGAGUCUGCCUUCAUUUCGGAAGACAACAUUCUGCAGAUUAAUCUGUGCCAGCUGAGCAAGUCGCAGCGAGGACGAUGUCAUCUUUUAAAACAGCCGGCUGAGAUCAUACACAUCGCCAACAAGUAACUUAACUACUGAUCAAGUAAAGGAAUAAAGAGGACAAGUUAAAAAAGGUCUAUCAGACUGAGAACUAGUAUAUUAAUAAAAACAGCUCUGUUGUUGAAUUGUGUUAGAUAAAUACUUUAGAAGCAGCAAGUGAUACUCGAUUAAUGCUGGGAUUUUCCCAGAUCCAGCCAGUUGCAUGCAGAAUGGAAAAGUUAGAUUUUGGACUGGAACAAGAGAAUGUCAGUAUAAAUGCAGGGCGCACAUUCAGGGUUAUUUAUUAACCUAAUAUUUCAGUGAGACUGAGACUGGGAUGAAUUUCUACAGUAGUUAAACAAGUCUAAUGUGGUUUUAAACUGCGUGUCAGAGUGUAGUUGUUCUCUAUGUUAAAGCUUAUAUACAAAACCAUUUUGUUUCAACUCAGCUGUCGGUCUGUGUUGCGGGAAGGAAAAUACCAGGUACUAGAUGAGGUUUAACUUCUGCGGCACUUAACGAUGGGAAUUUGCACGGAGGCUUACCAGCCGCAGGAGUUGAUUCGGUAGCUAUCAAAAAGGUAAUCCAUUUCCUUUCAGAUUUAUUUUUCCGUUUUGCUAACAGUUGUGUUAUUGGGUUUUAUAAGAGGUUCACCGGUCGUUUGUCCACACACAAAGCUAAUAACAGCUAUGUAUAAAACAUAGAAUUUCAUACGUUUCUAUUUAGACUGCGUGCAUUUGGGUGUCAGAAGUGACAUUUCUUUAAAUAGCAGGCUGGCACUUGUCAAAGGUUAAAAUGUAGCGGGUCAUUAGAUGAACAGUGCUGAAAGUUAAGAGUCGUAGGUAGGUAGGCGGACCUUAUUUACAGCGUCAUUUGUGACAUUUCCCAUACUAGAAGCAGUAGAAGAUAUUAGCUUGGCGUGGCCUUGGUGUUUGUUAGAUGAAGUGAAUCUGAAAUGCAUGUUUCUCCUCCGGAAGCUUUGAAGUUUUAAAGUCUCUGUAUCGGGUUUUAUAGUCCAGGCUGGUAAAUAAAAUGCUUUGCAAGUCAGCAACCGUGAUGGUAAUGCGUGGAGAACUUUAAGGGAAGAAUUGGGAUGGAGUGCUUUGAUCAACGAAAGUGGGUUAAACCCGGGGAGACGUCAAAAAGGAAGAAAACUGGGGCUUGAGAAGAAGCGGAACACAGGCUGGACAUUAUAACCGCAGAUUUUAAGGGCGCCAUGGCGAUUCUCCUUUGCGUGAGUCUGUCUCUGAUUUUCCUCCCGCACGUGGGAUCUGUGAGGAACUGCCACCCUGGGUGUCGCUGUGAAGUGGAGAAUUAUGGGCUUUUUGACAGUUUCAGUCUCACCAAGGUGUACUGCAGUGGCGUGGGACCCAGCCCGGCCCCCGUUCCCAUCCCACUAGACACGUCUUUCCUGGACCUGUCCUCCAACUCCAUCUACACCAUCACGGACUCCAUGCUCACAGGCCCCGGGUACACCACCCUUGUCAGUCUGGAUCUUAGCAGAAACUACAUUUCUGAAGUUCACCCCAAUGCAUUUUCCAAACUACGAUAUCUGGAAACCUUGGACCUUAGCCAGAAUUCUCUUGAGGACUUGACAGAUGUGGUCUUCACAGGCCUCCCACUGACAGAGCUAGAUCUGAGCAACAACAAGAUCCAGGAGUUGAGGCUGGACAUCUUCUCAACUAAGGCCCAUGGGAAACCCAUCAGCGUGGAUUUGUCCAACAACUUGCUGGCAGUCGUUUCUCGAAGAGUGCACACAAGCCCUCCCAAUAUCAAGAGCCUAACCCUGGCAGGGAAUUUACUCAGAACUGUGCCUGAUCUUCGUGGAAUUCCCCUGAGGUAUCUGAACUUGGAUGGAAAUCCGAUCUCAAGUAUCGAGAAGGAUGUAUUUGUAGAUCUGAAGGAUCUGGUCCAUUUGUCCCUAAGUGCUCUGCCUAAACUCACUGCAAUCCAGCCCCAGAGCUUCAAAGACCUGCAGAACUUACAGGUCCUUGACUUAUCAAAUAACCCUAAGCUGGAUUCGUUGAAUCCGGAGAUAUUCACUGGCCUAAUUGCUUUACAGGAGCUCAACUUGUCUGAAUCCGGCGUGAUGUCAUUGCCAGAUAACAUUCUGAGUUAUGUGCCGAGUAUCCGAAGUCUUUCUCUAGGGAACAAUAUUCAGUGCUGGAAGACCCAGAAGCAAGGCCAAUACCACAGGCAGGUUGGACAGACUAAGAGUGGGGAGGUACUUACCUGUGAUGUCAGUGACAUCAGUUUAUGAGGUUUUAUGAGUAUAUUUUGCAGUACACUAUCUAUACAAAAAGAACUUCAUUUGUGCCUUUAUGUAUCUAUAAUCAUAAAAUUAUAUGUAUAUAUAUAUUCCUGCUAAACUUGAUCAUUGUCUUUUGAGGUUUUAUUUCAGUAUAAUUGAUAGAAUAACAUACCUUUGCACAUAUGCAUCAUUAAAUCCAAGCAAACUGGAGCUUUUAAAACAAAAGUUAGAAAAUGGAGACACAACAUGGACCGAGGUUUGAAACGGAACCGUUUCUCCUGCGCUAAACAUGCUAAGAAUGCUGACCGUUUCUGUUCGUUCUCUGCGGGAAACUUGACAUGGCCGAGUUCAUGUCUCACGCCUUCCAUACUCUGAUGAAAAUCUGAUUUUACGCAGUGUGAACAUUCUGAUCCGAAAGGAUACUGUCCACCAGGGAAUCGGCAGACAGAGCAGAAUUAGACGUAAGCUUAAUGUAAUCUACAGUCCUUCGAAAUCACAUAGCUGGGUAGCUGAAACGUGACUUAUGUUCCUGAGCCUUUUUAGAUACGUUUUAAAAAAAGACUUUAGUGCAAAGAAUAAUGAAAUUUGUAUAAAAAUAUGCAUUAGCUGAAUAUAUGCAAUGGAACACAAGAAGCACCUAAACCCUACUGUCAUUAAUUUAGUACAUUAUAUUUCUACUAUAUUUGUUGUAACUUUUAAGACUGGGCUAAAUGGUAAGAAUGACAGUAUUGCUGAAGGUCAUUUUGUAUUUACACAAUAUUUGUCCCGUUUAUUUGUUACGGAGAAAGAAUAUUGUUGCCUUAGCACAGCGCAUCAAGCAACAAAAUGCUAAGGUUGUUUCUGCUGAGCGUUUCAUGAACAGCUGGACGUGUGAUGCUCUAUUCACGAAUACAUUUGUAGUUCUUGCAUAAAAACCCCCUUGGACAUUGGACAGAGCUCUGAAUUUAAGGCGUGUUUUUGUGAAACAGUAUGUACUUUUGUCUUACACGAUUAACAUGUAGUGGGCGGCAUGGUGGUGCAGUGGUUAGCACUGUUGCCUCACACCUCUGGGACCCGGGUUCGAGUCUCCGCCUGGGUCACGUGUGUGGAGUUUGCAUGUUCUCCCCAUGUCGUCGCGGGGUUUCCUCCGGGUACUCCGGUUUCCCCCCACAGUCCAAAAACAUGCUGAGGCUAAUUGGACUUGCUAAAUUGCCCGUGUGAGUGAAUGGUGUGUGAAUGUGCCCUGCAAUGGGCUGGCCCCCCAUCCUGGGUUGUUUCCUGCCUCGUGCCCAUUGCUUCCGGGAUAGGCUCCGGACCCCCCGCGACCCAGUAGGAUAAGCGGUUUGGAAAAUGGAUGGAUGGAUGGGUUAACAUGUAGCCCAAACAUACUUUCCCGCACUAAUGUAUGGUUUGCUACCCCAAGAACCAGUGUAUUUGACCGUAACCUUAGCUGAUAACAGACAAAAUUAAGGUACUUUCCCAGUUUAGAUGGAACAUUAAGACAAGCUUUGUGUAUGUGUGCCUGAAAGCCGAGAUACAGGAAAUGUAAAAAUGUAUUAGGUAUAUUUUCAGUAAGAAGGGGGCUGGGUACAUUUACUGUGUUUUUCCAAUGUGAAUAUAAAAUUUAUUUAAAAUACUCCUGUCUUAAUACUUGGGAUGUGAUUGUUGGUUGCUAUAACUAAUGAAAAUAACCAUUUUUUCUCCAUUUAAAUUAAACAAUAAGAGUUCGUAAUUCUGAAUACUAGAAACACAUUUAGUAUUUGAUUUGGUUAGGAGUCACAAAUAGCAAAUAGCCAAGUCACAAAUAGGUUCACCUCUGUUUUGCAUACAGUUAACAUGAACAACUUGGUAACUCCACCGGUCAUUGAGAACAACCCCAGUUCUCCUCCUCACUAAAGGUACCAGUGCACCAUGGCAUGUACUUUCAUAUUACAAAGCUUCAGUGCUUCACCAUUUCUUUCACGUUUGUAUUGAAAAAUAACAUCUAUGGAGUUAUUUCUGCUGGCAGAAAACAAGCGAAUGGCUAAAGUAAAUCUCUUAAUGAAAAAUAGAGUAAUAUCGAACCAUUAUAUUUACUAAUGUUGGUCAGUGUUACGACCUUUUUCAUCAUUGUUUUAUCUGAUGUGAGAAUCAGCAUCACGAAUGAAAAUAAGGUUAAAAUAAUCUUGAAUGAAGCAUCAUGAAUGCUAAUGAAAAAUGUUUGUAUGUGGGUGUCAACACAUUGUGUGUAUGUAUAUGUUAUAUGAGAAUUAAAGGAUUCUUCACAUA